AUUUGGGCGGACCCCCGUCGGAAGCGUUCGUCUGCCUCCUGCACGCUGCGUGGGCAGUGACACCCGACGGACCUCCCACCUCCCCGCUAAAAGCAAUGGCCAGAUAAAUCACUCCCACAGGCUGGUAACCUGCAGAGCGCAGAGGAGCGGAGCGCCGCGGAGCGAGACGGGUCAGAGCCAGUCAAAGUUGCCCUGGAACUAAUUGAUCUCCGUCCCCGGCGCCGUUAGAGCCACGUCCGGCACCGAGCGAGGGCUCCGCGUUUAACCAGCCAUGUCCGGCAGCACCUUCACCGCGGUGCUGGUCGCGCUCUGCAUCGGGAGCGCGGUCCACUGCAUGCCCAAGGAGGCGCACCGGGAGCGGAGACAGGCGCCGCAGCAUCACGUCUCUUCAGUCUCUCAGGAUGGUUGUAUAGAGAACGGCCACUUCUAUAACGUGAACGACCAAUGGGAGAGGCCCUUUCUGCAGAGCACUCUGAUCUGUACCUGCCACGGAGUAGCUGGCAUUAAGUGUAAAAGCAAACCUGAAGAGGAAAGGUGCCAUGAUAAGAUCAACCAGCAAUUCUACGCUGUGGGAGAAACCUACGAGAGGCCCAAGGAUGGGAUGAUCUGGGACUGUACCUGCAUCGGGUCUGGGAGGGGCAAAAUCAGCUGCACCAUCGCCAAUCGCUGCCACGAGGGCGGGGCUUCAUAUAAAAUAGGUGACACCUGGAGGAGGCCCCACGAGACAGGAGGCUACAUGUUGGAGUGCGUGUGCCUCGGUAACGGCAAGGGAGAAUGGACCUGCAAACCUGUUGCUGAGCGUUGCUAUGACAAUGCGGCGGAGGCAUCCUACGUCGUCGGGGAGACGUGGGAGAAGCCGUACCAGGGUUGGAUGAUGGUGGACUGCACCUGUCUGGGAGAGGGGAGUGGACGCAUCACAUGCACCUCCAGAAAUCGCUGCAACGACCAGGACACGCUGUCCUCCUACCGCGUUGGAGAUACCUGGACCAAGACCGACACCCGAGGCCACCUGCUCCAGUGUCUGUGCACAGGAAAUGGCCGAGGCGAAUGGAAGUGUGAACGGCACGCCUCACUUCACACCACCAGCCUGGGCACCGGCUCCCGUGUAAUCACCAACAUCCAGCCCGCGACUGAUGCCAAGCUUCACCAGGACGGGCCCUGUCGGACAGACACGGAGCUGAGCUAUUUCAUCGGCCAGCGAUGGAUAAAGAACCAGGGGGCCAAGCAAAUGAUCUGUACCUGCCUUGGCGUGGGAAUCAGCUGUGAGCAGUGGGAUGGACCGGCUCCGGUUUAUGGGGGCAACUCUGGAGGUCAGCCAUGCGUGUUCCCUUUUGUCUACAAGGGGAAGACCUACCACUCCUGCACCUCUGACGGCCGCAGUGAUGGGCAGCUGUGGUGCUCCACCGCAUCUGAUUUUGAAACGGACGAGAAAUAUUCUUUCUGUACAGAGCAGAAUGCAAUUGUGGCGACCCGCGGUGGCAAUUCUAACGGCGCUCUGUGCCAGUUCCCCUACCUCUACAACGGGCGGAACUACACGGACUGUACCGCAGACGGACGCAGGGAUGGCAUGAAGUGGUGCGGCACCACAACGGACUACGAUGCAGAACAGCGUUUUGGGUUCUGUCCCAUGGCUGCGCAUGAGGAAGUGUGCACGACGAGUGAAGGCGCCAUGUACCGCGUGGGAGACCAGUGGGACAAACGUCACGAUGUUCUAGGUCACAUGAUGCAGUGUACGUGCGUCGGCAACGGCAGAGGCGAAUGGAGCUGCGUCGCCUACUCCCAACUCAAAGACCAGUGUAUCGUAGACAGUCUCACCUAUGAGGUGAACCAGACCUUCACCAAACUGCAUGAGGAGGGUUACAUGAUGAACUGCACCUGCUUUGGACAAGGACGUGGCCGCUGGAAGUGCGAUGCCAUAGAUCAGUGCCAAGAGCCAGAAACAAGAACUUUCUAUCAGAUUGGGGAGUCUUGGGAUAAGGUCAUCCAUGGAAUUAUGUACAAGUGCUAUUGCUACGGCAACGGCAUCGGAGAGCUCAGCUGUGAGCCCCAGCAGUCGUACCCUGGUGGCCACCGUCCCGUGCAGGUGAUCAUUACAGAAUCUGGAAACCAGCCCAACUCUCACCCCAUUCAGUGGAAUGCUCCGUCGUCUGCCCACAUCACGCAGUACAUUCUCAAAUGGAGAGUGAAAGACACCCGCAGCCCCUGGAGGGAGGUGUUUAUCCCUGGCCACCUCAAUUCCUACACCAUCUCUGGUCUGAAGCCAGGCAUCACAUAUGAAGGUCAGCUCAUCAGCGUGCUGCGCUUCGGCCGCAGGGAGGUCACUCACUUCGACUUCACCACCACUUAUGGAUCACUGGCUACAACCCAAGGCGAGACAACCCAGCCUCCGCCUGUGGUGGACACGUCCGAGUCUGUGACUGAAAUUACCUCCAGCAGCUUUGUCAUCUCCUGGGUUUCUGCCUCAGACACAGUCUCUGGUUUCCGAAUCCAGUAUGAGCUCAGCGAGCAGGGACAGGGCACUGGACAGCCCAUGGUGCUAGACCUUCCUCGUACAGCUACCUCUGUGAACAUUAAUGAGCUUUUGCCUGGACGGAAGUACACGGUUAACGUCUACGAGGUCAUACAGGGAGGAGAGGACAACCUCAUUCUUACCACUUCACAAACCACCGCACCUGAUGCUCCCGCUGAGCAUGAAGUGGAGAAGGUGGAGGAGACUUCCAUUAUGAUCAGCUGGGAAAAGCCCCUGGCUCCCAUCACUGGCUACCGCGUCGUCUACACGCCAUCCUUGGAGGGCGAAAGCACGGAGCUGACUCUGCCGGAUACCGCAACAUCCGUGACCCUCAGCGACCUUCGGCCUGGGAAGCUCUACAACAUCAGCAUCUAUGCUGUGGAAGACAGCCUGGAGAGUGAGCCCAUCUUUGUGCAGGUCAACACAGCUGGAGAUCCACUGCCAGAUGAAGUGACGUCGCCCACAGACCUGCAGUUCUUUGAGACAUCCGACAAAAAGAUAGUCCUGACGUGGAGCGGCCCGGCCGGCGAGGUCUCCGGUUACCGCGUCACCGCCACCCCCAUCGACGACUCCGGCUCCGCCCAGAGGGAGGUGACGCUGCCCGUCAGCCAGAACGCCUACAUGGAGGUCACGGACCUGCAGCCAGGAACGCUCUACAGGUUCAACGUCUUCACCAUCCACAACGGAGAAGAAAGUUUGCCCCUUAUUGGCGAGCGGACCACCAAGCCCGACGCUCCCACAGACAUCCACUUCGCCAACGUCACCGACGUCAGCGCCGUGGCGCUGUGGUUCGCGCCGCGCGCCAAGAUCAGCGGCUACCGCCUCCUCCUGUCCGAGAAGGGCUCCAACCCCUGGCAGCUCCGCCUGCCCGCCCGCCUCACGCAGUACACGCUGCUCAACCUGAGGCCCCGCACGGAGUACAGCGUCACGCUGCACGCGGAGCAGGACAGCGCGCUGAGCGAGGGCGAGACGGCGGCGUUCGCCACCGCUCCACCGAUUGGCAACGCUCCUCAGUUCAGCACCGAUGUGACUAACACCUCCAUUGUGAUAUCCUGGACUCCAGUACCACAUGUUGGAUACAAGCUGACCGUCCGCCCCAGUCAGGGAGGAGAGGCCCCCAGAGACGUGACGUCUGACUCUGGAAGUAUUUUCGUUUCUGGCCUGACUCCAGGAGUGGAGUACACCUACAGUGUCCAGCCGGUCAUAAACGGCCACGAGCAGGGAAUGCCGAUCACACGCCGCGUUGUGACCCCCCUGUCCCCUCCCACUGAUCUUAACCUGGAGUCUAACCCUGGCACCGGAGAGCUCACGGUCCAGUGGAACGGAGGCAGUACAUCAGACAUCACUGGCUACAAGGUGACGUGCACUCCCACCAACGGACAGCAGGGCAACAGCGUGGAGGAGUUUGUGGAGGCAGGUCAGAACUCCUGCACUUUGGACAACCUGAGCCCAGGGAUCGAGUACAACAUCAGCGUUUUCACUGUUAAGGAUGACAUGGAGAGUGCUCCUGUGUCCACUGUGAUUACACCAGACGUCCCACAGUUGACGGACCUCAGCUUCGAGGACGUGGGCGACACCAGCAUCAGCCUCCGCUGGUCGCCGCUCAACGUCACGGCGGUCACUGGCUACAGGAUCACGGUGGUGGCGGCCGGGGAGAGCGUGCCCAUCUUUGAAGACAUGGUGCUGCCCACGACGGGCCACUACACCGUCCACGGGCUGGAACCCGGCAUCGACUAUGACAUCAGCGUCAUCACCGUGUCGGACAACGGCGAGAGCAAGCCCAGAACGGUCACCCAGCAGACCUCUGUACCAGCUCCUACAGAUCUGACGUUUGGCCAGGUUGGUCCUGACACGAUGGAGGUCACCUGGGUGUCUCCCCGCGUCCCAAACACCGCUAACAUCAAUAGCUUCCUCGUCAGGUAUCACCCCAUUGAUUAUGAAGAUGACAUCACAGAGACCAUCGUUGGAGGCAGUGAUAACCAUGUGGUGCUCAGGAACUUGCUGCCCAGCACCGAGUACCUAGUGAGUGUGGUGUGUGUGUAUGAACAGAGGGAGAGCUCGCCAGUGAUUGGCACCCACAAAACAGCUAUGGAUUCCCCGGUGGGCCUGCGGUUCUCCGAGAUCUCCACCAACUCCUUCACCAUCCACUGGCUCGCUCCCCAGAGCAAGAUCUCCGGGUACCGUAUCCGGUACCAGAUGGUGGCAGGUGGGAGAUCCAAGAACGAGAGGCUGCCCCCCUCCAGGAACCACUUCACUCUCACAGGGCUCACUCCCGACACCGAGUACUUGGUGAACAUCGUUGCGGUGAGCGGGACCCAGGAGAGCCUGCCGCUCAGCGGAACCCAGAAGACAAUCUCCGAUGCACCUACAGACCUGGAAGUGCUGGACUCCACCCCAACUAGUAUCACCGUCCGCUGGGAUGCUCCUCCUGUCACCGUGCGCUACUACAGAAUCACUCACGGAGAAACAGGAGGUCACAGUAAUUCCAAGGAGUUCACAGUGCCUGGCUCCCAAUCUACUGCCACAAUCUCCAGCCUGAAGCCUGGUACCGACUACACCAUCACCGUCUACGCCGUGACCGGGAGAGGAGACAGCCCAGCUUCCAGCAUCCCAAUCUAUGUCACGCACAAGACAGGCCUCGACUCUCCCUCUGGAAUGGAGGUGAAAGAAGUGAACGACAACAGCGUCACAGUCAGCUGGAGCCCCGCCAAGGGUCCGAUCAAGGGAUACCGGAUCACUGCAGCCCCUAGAAAUGGGCAGGGCUCAACUUUCACUGAGGUGGUGGCUCCAGACCAGACAGAUUUUACCUUCUCAGGCCUGAUGCCUACAGUAGAGUAUGUUUUGAGUGUGUACACUCUUGGACAAGAUGGGGAGAGCUCCCCAAUGGUGGUGAAUGCUGUAACAGAAUUAGACCGUCCCAAAGACCUGAGCUUCUCAGACAUUGACUCCACCACACUGCGACUGACCUGGGACAGCCCUGAGGGAAUUGUCACGUCCUACCGCAUCCUCUACUCCAGUUCAGAGGAGGGCGAGCGGGAGCUGCGUCCCGCUCCCAGAGGGGACGCGGAGUCCGCUGUGAUUUACGGCCUGCAGCCUGGCACUGAAUACACCGUCAAGGUCAUCGCCCUGCACGAUGACACCGCCAGCACGCCCCUGGUUGGGAAACAAGCUACAGCCAUCCCCUCUCCCACCAACCUCCACUUCUCCCAGGUGGGCCCCACCUCUUUCACUAUCCACUGGGCUGUGACAGGUCAGGAAAACAGAUUGACGGGCCUCACGGGCCUCACAGGCUACCGUGUGGUGGUGAAUCCCAAGGACAAGAGCGGACCCACCAAAGAGAUCAACCUGGCGCCAGACACCACUCAGGCACACGUCUCUGGCCUGAUGAUUGCAACUACUUAUGAAGUCCAUGUUUACGCCUUGAAAAACUCUCUGACCAGCAGACCAAUACAAGGAGAGGUCACCACUCUGGAAAACAUCAGCCCCCCUCGUCGUCUUCGCAUCUCGGACGUCAACGACUCGUCCAUCACCCUGACCUGGCGUUCCAAGACAGAAACCAUCUCUGGUUUCCUGGUUGAGGCCACGCCCAUCUCCUCCUCCAGUGGCUACGUACCGAUUCAAAAGACCAUCGAUGCGGACUCGCGCAUGUACACGAUUAGUGGUCUAGAGCCAGGAACCACUUACAAGAUCAACAUGUAUACUCUGAAAGGAAAUGGACGCAGCCCACCUCUCACACUCACUGCUUCCACAGCCAAACCAGUGGUCCACCCACCCACCAACAUCCACUUCACCUCCCUGAACCCUAACAGCAUCUCCUUCACUUGGGAGCCGUCUCGCAGCCCAAGGGUGACUGGGUACUAUGUCACCUACGAGGAGGCCAGCGGUGUGCCUCGAGAACUCAUCCCCAGGCCCCACGCAGGCCAGGUCUAUGCUGUGAUCGAUGGUUUAAAACCAGGAACGGAGUACGUCAUUAAGAUUGUGGCACUGCAGAACGCUUUAAGGAGCACACCUCUAGUGGGCAAAGCCAGAACACAGCCUGCUACAAACCAUGCGUUACUGGUCCCUGAGCUGCCUCAGCUUCCCAGUUCUCACAGACCCAGCCCUGACAUCCUGGAUGUUCCAGACUCCUACGAUGACAAAAUCUUCAACUCCAACCAUGUUCACUUGACUGGUACUAGUGGCCAGAACCAACCAGGUCAGCAGGGCCAGCACAUCUACACAGAGUACCAGAGCCUCGGCCCCAACAAUGGACUUCAUGGCCCUUACAGUGGACCCAAAGAAGGCCAGAGGCCCACUAUCAGGGAACCUCUGAUCUACAUUCCUGUACCAGGUCCUGAUGGUAACAGAGUACCCUUAGUCAAGGUGAGUGAUGGCCCUCUGCCAGGCCUUGCGUUUGGUUUCCCUGACAACGAGACAGAGCUGCCCCAGGAAGCAAAGACCAUCACCACCAUCUCCUGGGCACAGAUCCCUCAGACCUCAGAGUAUGAGGUGUCCUGUAAUCCCAUUACUCACCUGGAGGAACAAGGCUUCCAGAUGCGUAUUCCAGGCACCUCCAACAGUGCCACACUGAUUGGACUGACAUCUGGAGCGUCCUACAAUGUUGUGGUGGAAGCUAUGAGGGGCGGGGCUAAAGAGAAGGUUCUGGAGGAAGUGGUAACCGUUGGCAACGCCGUUUCAGGUGACAUCCCUCUUACCACUGGCCGUGACGUGUGUUAUGACACGUUCACACACACCUAUCAUGAGGUGGGCUCCGAGUGGGAGCGCAUGUCUGAGACAGGCUUCAAGCUGUGGUGUCGCUGCCUGGGCCUGGGCAGUGGCCACUUUAGGUGUGAUUCAUCCAAGUGGUGUCACGACAGCGGUAACAACUACCGUGUCGGUGAAAAGUGGGACCGUCGUGGUGAAAACGGUCACAUGAUGAGCUGUACCUGCCUGGGAAAUGGAAAGGGCGAGUUUAAAUGCGAACCCCAUGAGUCCACAUGUUAUGAUGAUGGGAAGAUGUACCAAGUUGGAAACCAGUGGCAGAAGGAAUACCUGGGUGCUAUCUGUACCUGUACCUGCUAUGGAGGACAACAGGGCUGGCGCUGUGAGAACUGCAGAAGGCCGGGAGGAGCGAGUGAGGUGGAGGCUGACCUGCUGCAGCCCGUUAGCUCAGAUGUCUUCGACCGCUACAGAGAAAAUGCUCUACGGAAACUGAACAUCCAGUGUCCGAUCGAAUGUUUAAGGCCGGAGCUGCUUGCAGACGCUCACGGUCCUGCUGAAUGAGGAGGACUGGAGUAGAGGAAGAAGAUGAAGUGAGACCUCUGACAGAGUCACAACCACUUUGAGGAACGAUCUGGUUCUUGCUUUUUUAAAAUAAGAUGUUUCAUCAGAUUUGUGUUUUCAAGGGUGAGCCCAAAUGACAUCUUCGUGCCUUAAAAAAGACUUUCCAGCACCACCCUGUGUGCCUUUUCUAAGCGCCUGUCCAGCUUUUAUGUUGGCGUUAGUCCUCGCUUCUUCAUAAGGAACAUGGAUUUCUAAGAUAAGAUUUAAAUCAAUCACAGGCACAAAUCCUGCUGCUUUAACACCUCCAACCUGCCUAUGCCACCAUUUACCAAUGCACCAUUCACACAAGCACACACACCCAAUGCAAUACUGUUGUGUGUCAUACUGCAAUGUUGCAUUUUAUCUGUUUAUAUAUUGAUUUUAAAACAUUCCAUUUCCGGUCACUGAGCUUUCUUCAUUUACCUUAAAUUCUUAAACAUUACAAUUAUGAGCCUAUGAUACACUAAAUUUAAACACUGUCUUGCCAAUAUCACAGUAUAUUCUCUUGCUGUCACCGGCUAGUGUACAUAUGGUAGAAAGCCCCAAUUUGGGCUAUGAAGCCAAAGCUGACCGACCAAAAUAAAUUUCACAAAUAGAUAGGAAUUUGCCCUUAUUUCUAAUUGAAAUGCCUUUUAUUACUUAGAUGUUUGUAUUUUAUUUUGUUUUUUUUAUUUAUCCCAUUUUUUUAGGCAUUUUGUUCAAUGCUAUUUUGGGGUGUACACUUUGUUUUUUUUUUAUUAACUUGUUUUUAUAUUGUUGGUGCCAAACUCUGAACUACUGUGGACUGAAUCUUUUUAAUAAACAGAGAAAAAUCCA